AUGCUGCCCGCUUUCCAGGCCGCCGCUCAGCAGCAGCAAGUCCUGACGCGUCUGUCGUUGGACCAGAUCAAACCCUCGAUCGAUCCCAGCACAGGCCAGGUGAAAUGCUGUCCGGAGGGGACCACCUUUGAUGGCCAGUCCUGCACGUUAGGGGUGCCCAGUUGCCCCGAAGGGACGGUGCCCCGCGACGAAUAUUGCGUCUCGAAGCAAGAUCCCCUCUGCCCGACGGGCAGUACGUGGAAUGGACACACUUGUAUCACGACUCAGGAGCCCUUCUGUCCCGAUCCCUACAUCCGCGAGGGGCCCGUCUGUGUGAGCCAGAUCCUGCCGCACUGCCCCACCGGAUUCAAUGCCCAUGGCAACGUGUGUGAGUCGAUCCUGAAACCGUCCUGCCCGAACGGCGGCUGGUUCAACGGCGAGGCCUGCGUGCACCGCGAAGGACCUACCUGCCCCGAGGGCUCGAGUCUGGAGGGUGCAGUCUGCGUCUCCAACGAACUGCCCUCGUGCCCGACUGGAGCUCGCUACGAUGCCACCAUCCGGAAGUGUGUCUCGACUACGCACCCCACCUGCCCCCCGGGCAGCCACGUCCAGGGCAACAUCUGUGUCGCCGACCAGGAACCAUCCUGUCCGGAGGGCACGACCCUGAACAAGAAGAUCGGCCGCUGUGUCUCGACGACUCCCCCAGUCUGUCCCGACGGCAGUCGUCCGAUCGACAACGUGUGCGCGACGACGACCUCCCCGUCCUGUCCGCCCCACAGCCAGCUCGCCAUCGAUCCGCUCUCCGGAACCGCCUUCUGCUGCCCCACCGGCAUGGGCUGGGAUGGGCGCAAGUGCUUCCUCCUCCCCGUCGACGGGCAAUGCCCUCCCGGCACCGUGCUGGAGGGGGGCCGCUGUCGGCAGCCGGGAGUGCUGGAGCCCAGCUGCCCGCCGGGGACGAGCCUGGAAGGUGGGCAGUGCGUGGUGCGGCAGCUGGCCACUUGCCCGCCGGGCUUCGAUCUGGAGGACAACCGCUGUGUGACGCGCGAGCGCCCGCACUGUCCUCCAGGGUCGGAGUUGAUCGGCAACCAGUGCGUAGUGACCGAGAACGUGCGCUGUCCGGCGGACACGGUCCUCCAGGACGGAUUCUGUGUGACCACCGCGCUGCCCACUUGCCCCGACGACUCGACGUGGGACGGCACCCACUGUGUGGUAAACGGGCACGUCGAGUGCCCUGACAACGCCUUCUGGAACGGCGAGGCCUGCAUCACGGGUGAUCAACCGACCUGCCCGGACCACACGACCUUCGACGGCCAUCGGUGCGUGGCCCACUCAGACGCGCCGCUCUGUCCCCCGGACACGACCCUGCACGGGGACAAGUGCAUCUCCAACACGCAGGUCCAGUGCCCGCCGCCGUCCACCUUCAACGGCGAAGCCUGCGUGACCGGCGCGACCCCCUCCUGCCCGGAGAACACCCAGCUGGUCGGGGAACAGUGCGUGUGGACCGGCCAGCCCGUGUGUCCGACGGGGUUCAAGUGGAUGGGCGGCCGCUGCGUCUCCACCGGCGACCUCCAGUGUCCUCCCGGAUACACACUGCGCAACGGGGAGUGCAUCUCCAACGCCGUCCCCGAGUGCCCACCGGGAUCAGUUCCGCAGGGGAACCGGUGCGUGGGCGACCGGCCCUCCUGCCCGCCGGGCACGCGGCUGCUGGAGGGCCAGUGUGUCUCCCUCGAGGACCCGCACUGCCCGCCCGGGCUGACCUUCCAGGGAGGCAAGUGUGUCUUCGAGGGAAAUACCGAAUGUCCGCCCGGAUGGACCUUCAAUGCCAGCAGCAGACGCUGUGUGAACAAUCUCCCGCCGCCCUGCCCGCCGGGCCAGAUGCUGCGCAAUGGCCGCUGUGUGUUGGAGGCCGAUUGCGUCAGUUACGAGUUCUGCCCUGUGCCUGCGGUGUCUCUCCUGGUAUAG